GACUAUUUUGGAGCUCAACAACAUCAGCAGCAUUAAUUUCGGAAACAUAAUUUGUCGUCGCUUCUUUUCAUUUCCCUUUUCUUCUCUUCUGUUUCCCAUUUUUUCUAUAAAGUAUUCUGCGUAUUUGCUUAUAACCCUUACUAUUCCAUUCCAUCACACAAUAAGGAUAAUGAAAAACCACACUGCGAGCGUCUUGAUUAAUACCAUCGGCCUAGCAUCGAAUCUCUCGGCACUUUACUGCGUACACUGGGUAUAUGAAAAUCCAUAUGCAAUUGGAUUUGGCGGCCAUUUCCAGUACCUUACAAUCCUUGGGUUAAGUACAGCAACGAUUGCUUUUCUGUUUAGACUCUUCAUGUGUUUUAUGCCAGGAGUUUUUGAAGCUGCUUAUGAAUUCGUGUUCAAUCUUGCACUGCCCCUGGAAGGCCUUGUCUGUUGCUUAUAUUGGGGAAUGAGCUUAAUAGACCCGACAUUCAUUACUCCCAAGGACAUGCCACCAAUUCCAUUAAUUGUAGACUGUACAUUGCAUCUAUAUCCGGCCGUAUUUUUGUGGAUUGAUUUCCUCAUUUUCAAUACCGAGUUUAGACGUUCUGCACGCCAUGUUACGGCCAUUUACGGAUCCGGCAUAUCGUACUAUGUCUGGUCAUGCAUCUGCCACUCUAUGAACAGCCACUACCCUUAUCCCUUCCUGGACAAGAUGUCUGAGCAACAACGUAUCAUGUUUUAUGCCGUUGCUUCCACACUUGCCUGGUGCAUGUAUGAAAUCGGUGCGCUGCUGCAUUCAAAACUACAUGACGUUUCUGCGACAGUGACAAAAGGCGCACCACGUGCCAGCAAAAAAUUAUAGCUUGCUGAUUAUUUUAGGAAAAUAUACGCAUCCUCACCCAUUCAUCACAUCCCCAGUUUCAUCUCCUCAACAACAAACAAUAAACAAAGAGCGAAAUAGACUAUUGUCACUCCAGCUGCUAGCGCCCAUAAAUUAAGAACUACAUGUAAUAACCGGGUUUGUUAAGAUAAGCAAGUCGUAAACUUGCUUAAAUGCCACUUUUCUAGUAGCGUGCAUUGUACCACCAUGCUGACAGUAUGCACUCACACAUUUGCACGCUUUCAAUACAAGAGCUAUCAUCAUCACUUCCCUCACCCAGAUCAUCAAAAACUUGUAUUCUUUGCAUUAUACAUAGUAUAUACUCCAUGUGUGCACAACUGCAUUCGUAUUUAAACAUGUUGCAGCAUUAAUAACCAUAGCGCACUAUGAGGUUACUUGGUCUCAUAUUUAUAUGUACCGGCAAGACUUUUGCCUAAU